CACAUGACAGCCUCGCCGCCCCAACAGUGCAUUCUGGGUCCAACCCAAGAUGGCUGCGCCCUUGCAGUAGUGCUGAAGAAGUGCCUCUCCGGAAUAUUUCACGAGAUUGUGUGUGAAUUUAACGAAAACCCUCACACCAAAUCAGCUACCGGGGUUGCUGGUUUGCAGAAGAGCACUUCACGGUCCCAGUCAUCGAUAAGUGUGGCCGGUGCGUGGUGGCUGUGGCAGACUGUCCGCGUGAAGAUGGGCCUCAUCUCCAGCCCCUUCCCAUAGCGAAGCGCCGUGGGGAGAAGAGCCGCAGAUUCUCCUGCAAACACGCGCCCGUCCAACUUGGCUUUGACAGCUUUGACAUAUUGUACAGACUGUGGACGCUGCCCUACAAUUUUCUGACAAGGAUUGUUUGUGCCACUGUGUCUGUCAUCGUCCGGAGACGAAGAGCUUCCCCAGUUCGGGUUGAAAUUCCCUCCGCACCAAGGGCCCUGAUGAAAAUGGACUCAGACUUGCUUCAGUCGCCGGCCGUGGGCCUCACAGAGGAGGAGGAGGCCGACAUGAAUGACUGGAAACUUCCCCUGGCCUUCAUGAAGAAAAGGCACUCGGAGAAGAUUGAGGGCUCCAAGGCGUUAGCUCAGAGCUGGAGGAUGAAGGAUAGGAUGAAGACUGUGAGUGUGGCGCUGGUGUUGUGUCUCAACGUGGGAGUGGACCCUCCUGAUGUGGUCAAGACCUCCCCCUGCGCCCGGCUGGAGUGCUGGAUAGACCCUCUGUCCAUGAGUCCACAGAAGGCCCUGGAGACCAUAGGGGCCAAUCUGCAGAAGCAAUAUGAAAACUGGCAACCGAGGGCGCGUUACAAACAGAGCCUGGACCCCACAGUGGACGAGGUGAAGAAGCUGUGCACGUCGCUGAGACGCAACGCCAAAGAGGAGCGGGUCCUUUUCCACUACAACGGCCACGGGGUGCCGCGGCCCACCGUCAACGGAGAGAUCUGGGUCUUCAAUAAGAACUACACCCAGUACAUCCCGCUGUCCAUCUACGACCUGCAGACGUGGAUGGGGAGCCCGUCCAUUUUCGUCUACGACUGCUCCAACGCAGGGAUCAUCGUCAAGUCCUUUAAACAGUUCGCCCUGCAGAGAGAGCAGGAGCUGGAGGUGGCAGCCAUCAACCCCAGCCACCCGCUGGCUCAGAUGCCCCUGCCUCCCUCCAUGAAGAACUGCAUCCAGCUGGCGGCCUGCGAGGCCAGCGAGCUGCUACCCAUGAACCCUGACCUCCCAGCCGACCUCUUCACCUCCUGCCUCACCACGCCCAUCAAGAUCGCCCUCCGAUGGUUUUGUAUGCAGAAGAGUGCCAAGUUGGUGCCAGGGGUGACGUUAGACCUCAUCGAAAAGAUCCCUGGCAGGCUCAACGACAGACGCACCCCCCUCGGAGAGCUCAACUGGAUCUUCACCGCCAUAACGGACACCAUCGCCUGGAACGUGCUGCCAAGAGAUUUGUUCCAGAAGUUGUUCCGUCAGGACCUGCUGGUGGCCAGCUUGUUUCGCAAUUUCCUGUUGGCCGAGAGGAUAAUGAGGUCGUACAACUGCACCCCGGUCAGCAGCCCCCGCCUGCCCCCCACAUACAUGCACGCCAUGUGGCAGGCGUGGGACCUGGCCGUGGACAUCUGCCUCUCUCAGCUGCCCACCAUCAUCGAGGAGGGCACUGCCUUCAGACUUCUUGGGUCUCAAUGCAGCCUGAAAGAAAGCCUGCAGGCAGGACUCAGGGCUGACUUACCCACCUCCACCUACUCUGCAUUAUUGGGGCACAGUCCCUUCUUUGCGGAGCAGCUGACGGCGUUCCAGGUGUGGCUGACCAUGGGAGUGGAGAACAGAAACCCUCCUGAGCAACUCCCCAUCGUACUGCAGGUCCUCCUCAGUCAGGUGCAUCGGCUUCGAGCUCUGGACCUGCUCGGACGCUUCCUGGAUCUAGGUCCCUGGGCCGUCAGUCUGGCCCUCUCAGUGGGGAUCUUCCCCUACGUUCUGAAGCUGCUCCAGAGCUCGGCCAGAGAGCUGCGGCCUCUGCUGGUCUUCAUCUGGGCUAAAAUCCUCGCCGUGGACAGUUCGUGCCAAGCUGACCUGGUGAAGGACAACGGACACAAGUACUUCCUGUCGGUGUUGGCCGACAGUUAUAUGCCGGCUGAGCAUCGUACCAUGGCUGUCUUCAUAUUGGCUGUUAUCGUCAACAGCUACACCACGGGACAGGAGGCGUGUCUGCAGGGCAACCUAAUAGCCAACUGCCUGGAGCAGCUGUCGGACCCCCACCCUCUGCUCCGCCAGUGGGUGGCCAUCUGCCUGGGCCGCAUCUGGCAGAACUUCGACCCGGCGCGCUGGUGCGGGGUCCGGGACAGCGCCCACGAGAAGCUCUACACCCUGCUGACGGACCCCAUCCCCGAGGUGAGGUGUGCGGCCGUCUUUGCUCUCGGGACGUUUGUGGGGAACUCUGGUGAGCGGACGGACCACUCCACCACCAUCGACCACAACGUGGUGAUGAUGCUGGCCCAGCUGAUCAACGACGGCAGCCCGGUGGUCCGCAAGGAGCUGGUGGUGGCGCUGAGUCACCUGGUGGUCCAGUAUGAGAGCAACUUCUGUACCGUGGCCCUGCAGUUCAUCGAGGAGGAGAAGAACUACACAGUGCCCUCACCAGCCAACACUGCAGAGCCCGGGAACCUGACUCCAGUGAGGGACAGCCCGGCCAUCCCCCGCCUGCGCUCCGUCAACUCCUACACCAACAUCAGAGCUGCCACCACCGCCCGUAACCUGAACAAGAGCUUGCAGAACCUCAACCUCAACGAAGAGGGGGGACCAGCAGCCUUCUCUCCUGGUAACCUGAGCACCAGCAGCAGCGCCAGCAGCACCCUGGGGAGCCCCGACAACGACGAGUACAUCCUCUCCUUUGAGACCAUCGACAAAAUGAGACGGGUGUCCUCCUAUUCCUCCCUCAACUCCCUCAUAGGCGUUUCCUUCAACAGUGUUUACACUCAGAUCUGGAGGGUGCUGCUACAUCUCGCUGCAGACCCUUUUCCUGAAGUGUCAGAUCUGGCCAUGAAGGUCCUCAACAGCAUCGCAUACAAGGCGACCAUGAACGCUCGGCCCCAGAGGAUCCUGGACUCGGGCUCUCUCACCCAGUCGGCCCCCGCCAGCCCCACCAGCAAGGGCACACACAUCCACCAGGCCGGUCUCUGCUCCUCCAGUGGCUCCCCCCCCAUGCCCAGCACCAGCAGCUCCAGUCUGACCAACGAGGUUCCCAAACCCCCGGCCAGAGAGCCCCCGGCCACACGGCCCCCCUACACCCCCACCCUGGGAGGGCAGGCGCCCCACUCCCACCAGUUCCCCCGCACCCGCAAGAUGUUUGACAAGGGACCGGAGCAGGGAGGGGAGGAUGGUGACGAGCCGUGCCACAGGAACUACAUCAGCGCCUCCCUGCAGACGGGCCUCUGUGAUUGGAGCGCCAAGUACUUCGCUCAGCCCGUCAUGAAGAUCCCAGAGGAGCAUGACCAGGAGAGUCAGGUGAGGAUGGAGCGGCAGUGGAGGUUUCUGAGGAACACCCGCGUCAGGAGGCAGAGCCGAACCAUCACACAGAAAGGUGUUUCCCGUCUGGAUGAUCAAAUAUUCAUCAACCGCAACCCUGGAGUACCAUCUGUUGUGAAGUUCCACCCCUUCAACACCUGCAUCGCCGUGGCCGACAAGGACAGCAUCUGUUUCUGGGACUGGGAGAAGGGCGAGAGGCUGGACUACUUCUACAACGGAAACCCUCGCUACACUCGCAUCACCGCCAUGGAGUACCUGAACGGACACGACUGUUCCUUACUGCUCACUGCAACAGAUGAUGGAGCGUUACGUGUCUGGAAGAACUUUGCAGACCAGAAGAACCCAGAGAUGGUGACGGCGUGGCAGGGUCUCUCCGACAUGCUGCCUACCACCAGGGGUCAGCCCGGCACCGGAACUCACAGUCUGGCACGAAGGGUCUCCAUCUAUCUUGACAGGAGUAAGCAAGGAGGUGCGGGCAUGGUGGUGGACUGGGAGCAGGACACGGGACUCCUGAUGACCUCCGGAGACGUGCGAGUGGUCCGGAUCUGGGACACGGACAGGGAGAUGAAGGUCCAGGACAUCCCCACAGGGGCGGACAGCUGUGUGACCAGCCUGUCCUGCGACUCGCAGCGCUCCCUGGUGGUGGCCGGGCUGGGAGACGGGUCGGUGCGCCUGUUCGACCGCAGGAUGGGUCCCAACGACUGCCGCGUGAUGACCUACAGGGAGCACGGAGCCUGGGUGGUCAAAGCUCAUCUGCAGAAGGAGACAGACGGACAUAUUAUCAGUGUCAGUGUUAACGGAGACGUCCGGUUCUUCGAGCCGCGGUCACCGGACUCGGUCAACGUACUGCAGACAGUGAAGGGGUUAACGGCCCUGGACAUCCACCCUCAGGCCAACCUGUUCGCCUGCGGGUCGAUGAACCAGUUCAUAGCCGUGUACAACGCUAACGGAGAUGUGAUCAGCAACAUUAAAUACUACGACGGCUUCAUGGGGCAGAGGAUCGGGGCCAUCAGCUGUCUAGCCUUCCAUCCUCACUGGCCCCACUUGGCGGUCGGCAGCAACGACUACUACAUGUCCAUCUAUUCAGCAGAGAAGAGGCUCAGAUAACACACCAGCAUUCACCACAACCCAAAACAACCCAAAACAACCCCCCCAUAUGACUUCCUACCCUGAGCCUCGAGCUCAAGGAUGUAAAAGACGUUUUUUGUUGUACAUAAGCAAUUACCACCCUGAAUGUUCUAGUGAUGGCUGCUGACAAAAACUCGAUAUAUAUCUAUAUAGAUAUAUAUAUAUAUUAUUAUUCUCACUGUUUAUUCAUAUUCUUAUUAUGAAGCUAAUGAUUGUAGACUUGGCUGUGCUGAGGAGUGUGUAUAUUUAAAUAGCGUAUACAGAAGAAUAGAGGUUCUAUUUUAAAAGGAGUGGUACCCCCCCUCCCUGGCGCACAGCGAGCAUCAUUACCUGAACCAACUGUGGACCGAGGAGGUGGUGGGGGGGGUCACCCAGAGGAUAACACACUGUUCAAAGACCUUCACUGGGGCAGGAAACACAAGUGUGGCCCCGGUGUGUUUAUACAUUCAUUUUAAUGUCCGUCUCAGAGCCGCAGCACUCGGAGCGAGACGUUUGCAGGGACGGACCAGAGAGGGAGGACGCUGCCCCCCCCCACCAGGCGGACGUGACGAGUGUCUGUGUGUUAAAGUGUAUUUUAGCACAGAUGUGCCCCACAGUGAGUCCUCAUAGCCUUGGACUUAAAAAAAAAGAUGCCUGCUCCCGUGCCACAGCUCUCCUUCUUGCUUCCUUGACCCCAGCGUGCCAAACAGAAUCAUAUUUUCCAUGCAAGCUCCUUUUUUUCUGGGGGGUGUUUUUUGUUGUUUUACUGUUUUUGUUGUUUUAAGGUGUCGCCUGUAAAAAGGGAAAUCCUUUAUUGGCCCCAGGAUGAUACAUACGCUCAUUGGAGCACAGUGAGAGGAGUUGGUUCUAAGCAUCCAGUCCGCCAGCUAGCCUGCGGUACCCGCCCUGCAAAGCAAUACAAACCCUCCCAUGAUUCUGCCUCAAGCUCCUCCCUGAAACCUAGAACCCCCCCCCCCCACAGCAUUAAAGGUGCCACAGUAUAGCAAUACAAACACACCCACUUCCAGGUUCCGCUAACUUUUCGUUGACUCAUCAUCAAUCAGAGGAGGUAUCACCCCAUCUACUCACAGUGACAGGAAAUAUGUCAAUGUAAUUUAUAUUCCUGUGACUGAUUCAACUUUCUGCUAAUCUCAUGUCCACAUGUGGAAUCAAAAGAUGGCAGGAGAAACCCUUCAAGUAUUUCUUUUGACCUGAACACUGGUCUCAAAAUCCCUUUUUUUAAAUGUUGACCCUGGAUCUAACUGCAGGGCAGCUUUACAAACGGUUAACACAACCUUCUCGCACACGGCUCUGUGGGCUUGGAGAUCUUUAUGUUCAGUGACUCAUCCGCCCCCCGUAUAGAUCAUGUUUUAUUUUGAUAGAGCCUUAUUGUUUUUCCCAUCUUUAGUGUUGAUUUUACUGCCAGGCUUUGUUUGGUUUGAUUUUGUAAAGCAAAGAUGGACACAAAAAAUGAAUUGCAUGUUAAUCUGUCAGAGCUUUAACUGCGUACCUGAACAUGCUCACUUUUUCUGUGAGCCUCCUCAAACCCAUGUCGAGCACCUGUGAACCGGCCCAGUGUCUCAGCGUGACGGACAAGUGAACUCGGUCACAUGACCGGCUGCAGAGAUCUUGGACAUUGUUGUCACUGUGGUGCUGUUCAGUAAGACGCCUCUCUUGUUAGAAGGUGGACCCUUGUUGUGUUUUUCGUGCAGUAUCACCAUCGACGGUCUUCCUCUGUGGGGCUGCAGCUUUGCUUAUUUAACUUUUUUUUUUAAUUCAAUCUUUUUUUUCCUUCUGUUUUGUAAUUUGUAUGUUUUUAAUUCUGCUGACAUUUUGUUUGCCUUACCCUCAGUGAGGUGGAGGGGAGAAGACAGCCUUACCCUCACACAGACACACUCAUAUUUAAAUCUUUCCUGCUAUUCCCGCCUUUCAUUGUAAACACACCCCAACAGCUGCCCCCUCCUUUCUUUCCUGCCACGUCCAAAUCACCCCUCUGCAUCAGCCGUUUCCCAGGAGAAGGAACGGACUUGUGGAACAGAACAGGAACACACACCAACAGUUUCGACUGCAGUCACAUUAGUCCCCCAGUCACCCCAUCACUGAGCUCUUUGACUCUCUGCGUGGUUAUCUCACCCUUCUUCACUGACUCACUCAACCAACACACUGUAUUUUGGCAUCGGCCCAUUUGCUCAGAAUCACAUUCAUCUCUAAGUAUCCUGCUUUGAGUUUUAAGAUUUUAGAUCUGGAGAAAAAAGAAAGACUUUAACAAAGUAGUAAAGGAAAAAUGAAAACAAUCAGGUUUGUCUGUGAACAUAGACUGCUUUGCUGACUGGUUUAUGAGACGGGAGAUGAAAUAAACCAAAUACAACACUG